AUGCAGGCUGCUCGUAGGUUGAGUAAGGACAAGGCUGAACUUAAGUCAUUGAGGCAAGAGAAAGAAGAAGUUGAACGGCUGAAGAAAGAGAAGCAAACUCUAGAGGAAAACACCAUGAAGAAGCUUUCUGAGAUGGAAAAUGCUUUGUGCAAGGCUAGUGGCCAGGUUGAACGAGCAAAUUCUGCCGUCCGGAGGCUUGAGGUGGAGAAUGCUGCUCUGAGGCAGGAGAUGGAGGCUGCUAAAGUACGUGCUGCAGAGUCAGCUGCAAGCUGCCAGGAGGUAUCAAAGAGGGAGAAGAAGACACUGAUGAAGAUUCAGUCAUGGGAGAAGCAGAAGGUGUUGCUCAAUGAAGAACUUGUGACUGAAAAACGCAAGUUCAAACAGCUGCUACAGGAAGUAGAGCAAGCCAAAGAUCUCCAAGAACAAUUGGAGGCUAGAUGGCAGCAGGAGGAGACAUCAAAAGACGAACUACUUGAGCAGGUCAGUUCAGUAAGGAAAGAAAGAGAACAAAUUGAGGCCUCAACAAAAUCCAAGGAGGAUAUGAUCAAACUGAAAGCAGAGAACAAUCUGCAGAAGUACAAAGAUGAUAUUCAGAAGCUCGAAAAAGAAAUCUCCCAAUUGAGACUCAAGAGUGAUUCUUCAAAGAUUGCUGCGCUUCGGAGGGGCAUUGAUGGAAGCUAUGCCAGCAAAGUAACAGACAUCGAAAAUGGCAUAGAUCAAAAGGGGUCCCGGAUGCCAUAUAUCUCAGAAGUAGUGAAGGAUUUUCAUGACUACUCUGAGACAGGAGGGGUGAAACGGGAACGGGAGUGUGUGAUGUGCCUUUCAGAGGAGAUGUCUGUGGUGUUCCUCCCAUGUGCGCACCAAGUGGUUUGCAGAACAUGCAAUGAGCUCCAUGAGAAACAGGGUAUGAAGGAUUGCCCUUCUUGUAGGAGCCCCAUACAGUGGCGGAUUUCUGUACGUUAUGCUCGUUCUUAG